UUUAGCAACAAAAGGCCAACUGAGCUAUUCAAGCGAUUCGUUCCUCCGUUCUCCGUCUUCUCGCUUCCAGCAAGGGUCAAUCCAUAAAAGAGUUGCUUCGUUUUCCCUUUACAGCUACCAUGGCUGAUGAUGAACCUGUUGAUCAGAAGAAAUACCUUGAGGAUUCUUGCAAGCCAAAGUGUGUAAGGCCUUUACGGGCAUAUCAGGCUUGUGUUGAGAGAAUUAAAGACGACGAGAGCGGGAACAAGCACUGCACAGGGCAAUAUUUUGAUUACUGGUUAUGUGUAGACUCAUGUGUUGCACCUAAGCUUUUUCACAAACUGAAGUGAGCUAAUUUUAGUACACAUUUUGUUUCGGAUUUGAUCUUGAAUAGGAGCCUGUUAUUGACUCCCAUUAUGUACUGAACUCUUUUUAUGUUCUUGCCGAUGCCUUUUUGUUUAACGAAACCAAAUAAAGGAAACUCCUGAGAAACCUCUGAUUUCUUUCGAGAGCUAUUUUUGUUAUAAGGUGAUUUUGAAAUGGGUAAAUUGUUUCAUUUGUUUAUGGUAUUA